UUUGAUUUAUUUUUAAAGAUGUUUUUAUUUUAGUAUAUAAUAUGUUAGUCUCCGAAAAUAAUACAGAAAUUGUGACGAAAGAGUUUUUAGUUAAUAAUGGAAAUCAGGAAACACAGUUUCUAGCACAGCGUUUCUCCAAUCGUAUUUUUAUCACUAUUUCGGAAUGUAAUGGAUUCGGAAGUUUAAUAAAUAUUACAAAAGACGAGCUUGAUGUUUUCACCUUGGAAAAUUCAAAAAUGUCAAUUUCGGUUGAUUUUCUGAUAGGCGUUGAAGAAGAUAUUUACAAAAUAAUAGCACGACAAAUAGCAGCAGCUGUUUUCCUGGAAACUAACUUACCUAUACUAUUAGCCAUAGCAUUAAAGGAUCGCUCUUCGAAAUGCCUUAAAGAUAUUCUGAAUAAUUUAGAUAAGAUCAAUGUAUGGAGAAAAGUUUAAAAUUUAAAAGAUAUCUUCAAAAUA